GUGUGCGAAUGUGUGUGUGAGUUUUUCCGUCGCAAACAAACAUGGCUGUCUCUUCGAAAGCGGAUUCGAUGUUUAAUUACCACAGACAUUCGGUGCCCUUCGCGUGUUGAAUCCUUCGGCCGGGAGCAAGUGCGGGCUCGACCGAGAAAGACGGACCGGUCCGGUGGUGAGGUAUCAGGUGCAACAAAACCUAGCUUAGGCCUAGCGAUGCUGCGAGCAAGCGCCCGUGGCCCCCGCUCGGCGUUCGUCCUCGCAACACAGGACCCAUACCCCUGCAUUGCGGCCUUCAUGAGGGUGUCCCGCCGGCGGCACUAGCGGAUGGCAGCUCUGGGUGGUGGGGGCAGCCCCCUGGGCGGCCCCUCCACUUCCAGGCCCCCGUGGGAGCGACCUCCAGUGGCCAGCCUCAACAGCUGCCUCAGCUGCCCACUCUGCCGGGGGUACCUGGUGGAUGCGGUGACCCUGGUCAAGUGUCUACACUCCUUCUGCAAGUCUUGCAUCCUCAAGCACUUGGAAACCGGAAGCAGCUGCCCCGUCUGUGAACUUCGCCUGUCAAAGAUCAACAUGGAAGUGCAGCUAAGAAGGGAUGAAAUCCUCCAGAACAUAGUCUACAAAGCAAUUCCAGGACUGUAUCAAAAGGAAAUGAAGCGACGCCGAGACUUCUACAGCUCGCGGAGCGGAAAGGACGAACGUGCCACGCUCACUCCGGAGGAGAAGGGAGAGCUGGACAACUCAAGCAGCGGCAGGGUCAUCUUCAGUCCUGACGAGGCGGUCAGCUUGUCUCUGGAGUACAAGCACAUUGUUUCUUCGAGGUUGGAGGGAGGGGACUCCACGCCGGGAACUUGCAAUCCAGCGUUCAAGGAACCUGUGAAGCGUUACCUCAACUGCCCCGCAGCUGUGACCAUAGCACUUCUUCAGAAGUUCCUCAGAAUGAAGUAUGGCAUCAGUUCCAAGUACAAAGUGGACAUUUACUACCUGGACGACAUCCUCUGGAGCAAGUACACCUUGAUGGACAUUGCUUACAUCUACCGCUGGAAAAGGGAAGGAGCCAGUGGCGAACGGGAGCACACCGUCCCUUGGCAGGACGUCCCGCUCCAGCUGUUCUACCGGAUCUCGGAGAAUGUCGCCAGGGCCCCUGGCCCACUCCCCACCGGGGUGGCAGUGACGACGGUGCCGCCAGGGCUUGCCGGCGACGGGGCCACACGGGAGGGAGCCCCGCAGCAGCAGGCGCAGCAGCAGGGUCCCCCAAGAGGGGACAGCAGCGAGGGCCCCGCAUUCCUCAAGGACAGCGUAAACUUUCCGGGUAGCAGCAGGAGCUGCAAGGACGCUGGCACCACACCAGGAGGCACCGACAGCACCGCCAAGCCCCUUACCACUGGGGAAGCUUCGGACACAAAGCCUGCGUGCUCCGACGGUUUGCCGGGGCAGGCAGAACCAAAAGUACAAAGCAAAGCAGACGUUGCACCCACCUCGACGCCCCCCCUCGACAAGAGCGUUCCAGACCUCAAGGCACCAACAACAGGCUUGAAAGCUGCAACAAAGGCAAAGACACCAGCACCGGUACAAACAAAGGAUGUCAUCGAGCCAGUACCUGAAAACUGUCGGCAGUUGGCAAAGGCCAAGCCGUACUGCGAUCAAACCUGCACAGUCCCAAAGCCUCCCAUUCAUGGCGCCGAGCCGGGCAGCGCCGAGAGGUCCAUUCCGACUGGUGCCGCCAAAUGCGAGAAAGACGCUCCUUGUCGUCCGACAACCAUGCCCACGGAAGCGGAGAAAAGCAAGACUGCCGUUCCCCCGUUACGACUGAAGGUGCCUGCGGAGUGUCUGGAACCUGCGAAAGCACGUGUCCACGACGUUCCUGCGGCAGAGCUUCCUCGAACGGCCGCCAAGGCGUCCGGUCGGGCCGACAAGGAGAAAGCUCUUCUGCAAGUGGGCUGCGCAAGCACACCAAGUGGAGAGGACGGGAGCACAGCGAGGGUCGAGGGCGCAAGUGUCACAACCAUUGAUCGGCCACCACCUGUUCCUCUUCCGAACGGCGCAGCAAAAGAUCUGUUGAAAGAUUUGUCGGAGAAGCUCAAGGUCAAGGGAAUCGUGCUCGAGCUCGACCCGAGCUCUAAGAGAGCGUCUCUGGGAAGUGCGACCGCUGUGGAGAGUGAAGUCGACCCCAAGUUGGUGAACCAUACGGCUACGCCGACUAUCGAAGACGUCGUUGAAGCGGUUUCUUCCAUUCCCGAACCGGUUGUCCAAGUCUCCGUUGCAGCCGAGACGGUUCUGGAAUCGGCGAAACUGCAGACGUGCUUCAGCAGGGCCGCCGACAAGGCACGGGCGAAAAUCAAUGCACUCAAGGCAGCUGCCUCUCUGAAAGAAACAAGCAAGGCCGCAGUCGCGGAGAAGGAAGCUAACGAGGUUGUUGGUCUCUCGGUGACAUUACGGGCAAACAGGCAAGGCGCAAAGGGGCAGCUCGACAGCCCGGUUGAUAAACCCGCCCAGAAGGUAGCUUCAGUAGCGGUCGGCCCACCGCCAGUCUCCCCCUGCGAGAAGAAGGACAAUGUUUUACCGUCGGAGUUGCCAGCCGCGACGACUUCGGGGGCCACCGGGAACCGUCCGGUUGCGACCGCAGUUCCAACAUACAUGACGUUGAGCAAAUCUCAUCCGUCCCUCUUCCACUCCUCCCCCCGUAAGCGUGGGAGACCGCGGCUAGCAACGGUUAACAGCCUCAACGAAGAGAUAGAGCGUGCACACAUGAUGGCCAAGCGCCAGCAAGCCACCGCGGAGAAGCCAAAGCCGGCAAUACCAGUCAUCACAAGCCUCAGGAUCAAGCCGAUCCCGCCGCCACCGCCGGAAACGCCGCCGCCCGUAGACAGGGCAGCAACUGGAGCCGAGGUCCCGGAAUCAGAGCGUCUCCAGCGUCGCGGGAGCCAGAGCGAGGUGUCGGAGGAAAAGUCGGACGCGGAGGACUCGUCGGGACGGCGCAAGAGUCGGCGGAGACGCGGGCCGAUGGAGCUGCGGAAUGUGGUGACGCAGCUGAAGGACAUGACGCUCGAGAAGGAGCAGCAAGCGGUGACGCAGGAGCCUCUUCGGAACCUUCCAGGGGGCCCGCCCUCGCCGGCACCGGCUGCGGCGAUUCCGGAGAAGAUAACUCUCCGGGUGACCCGCGACGAGAAGAGCAACCUGAAGGUGGAGAAGCAACUGCGUCCCGCGGCUGCCGCGGUGGUUGCGGAGACCCUGCACGACUCAGGAUUCUGUGAAGACGUCGUGGCGGAGGGGUCGCGGUCACCCGCGUCGGAAGUGAAGCCGAAAAUUGAAGCGGCCACAAAGACGGUCCGGCCAACAGCUCCGCGGGAGCCGCCACUGCCGAGCCCGUGCAGGAAACCGGAUGUCGCCGCCGCCGCCCACCACGGGUCGAACAAGAAGGACAUGAGGAAGAGCAAGCGCAGGUCCGUGGAAGACUGGGUGAAUGAGCAGAGCAAGUGGGUCCGCGCACACAAGGCGGCCGCAGCGGUGGGUGGCGGCGACGCCACGCCGAGUCCGAAGGCGGCGAAGGAGCACGAGGACGAGAGACCUAAACGACGGUCGUCCCUCGAGGAGCCACUGCCCGCGAAGGGGCAGCAGCGGAGAGGCCGCAAGAGGACAAAUCCUGUUAAGAUCACGAAACCGGACCCGGUUGUCGACGCUCAACAGGAGAAGGCCGCCUGCGGAUCUCCGCCGCUGACGGGCGGGGCUCCCGAAAAGAAGGGCACGACCACCGCCACGCCGCCACUCGUCGAGAAGGCGGAGCCGUCGGAAGCCCCCGCCAGGUGUCCCGCGGGCGGCCCCCGGGAACCCGGCAAGAGCCGGAGGGAGUUGGAGUCGCCACCGAAGAAGUUGUCGGAGCUGGUGAUCCCGCGGUACAUUCCCAACCCGGCAACCAGCAUUCCACUGACGAUCACGCACGCGAGGAACAAGCGGCUGCGCGAGACGGACAAGGCGCCGGAGUCAGGCCUCGACCUGUCGACGACGCAUUCCGUCGACGCCAAAGCAGACGGGCGGGGAAAGGACUCGGAGAAGAGCAAGUUCUUCAAGGAGGCGCUGAACUUGUCGAUGAAGGAGACGGGCGGCAGUAAGGGAGUACAAAAUCAAACGGGUACUGCCGGGAAAGUUGCAGGCACGGAGCUCGCGAUGGUGCCGUCAGGUCCGCCGCCACCCCGCCCCUCGCCGCCCACCUCGCCAAAGAGAGUCUCGAGACCAAUCGAGUCGCCCGGCCACAGGGACGGGACCGCGUCACAAAUUAAUAUUUUGAGGGUGGUGGAGAAGAUAGCCUCUCAGAAUUCCCGGAGGACACGAGAAGACAUCCUGAAAAGCACAGCGAAGGACGGCGUUGGCUUGGCGGAGGUGGGAAAACCGGCACGAGCGGAGAAGUCGCUUCCAACGGAAAAGGGCGAUUCGCUGAGGCCUUGCGGAGGCGCGACCAGCAAAGCAGACGAAGUUUCAACCACAUCUCGAGCAUGCACACCAGUGCCACCAGUCGAGAAAGACUCCUCCGUGCAAGCCUACAGUGUCACAAGCACAAAGCAGCCGUCCGUUUUGACGGCCAGUUCGACUUUGGAAGCGCAGCGGAGGUCCGUCGAGCCGCCAACGCCAAACUGUUCGUCGCUAAAAGAAAAGACCGGCGCAGGGAUUAUUCCUCGAAUCAAUCAGACCGGUGUGUUUCGGUUGGAGUUCCCCGGGGCCGACGUUUCGGACGAAAAACCUUCGUCUCCAACAGGAGGCACUGCAAACACCGCGGGAAAAACGGAGCACUUGAGCGCUGACAUCGAGCUGCAGAAACAGCAGGGCGUUGCGGCGCUCUGCGCUCCUGUCUGCACCGUUUCGGAAAGUCUGAAAAACAUAGCUCGCAUCAAAGAGAGCAUCAUGGGGCUUCAACGGCAGGGCACUGCAAAACCGGCCCGACGAAGCCAGGAAAACCACAAGGACGAAGCUCCUCCCGGUUGCAACGUAAACGGCGAAAGGCCAUCAUCGCACUCAGAGCGGACGUCCUGUGCCUCGAACCUGCCACAGAAGAAUUUCGCAAAGACACCGCCAUGCACCAUUUUGUCGAAGAUCGACGACGUGAAAAUGACUAAGUCCGAACGCAACGCAACCGGUUCUUCGCCGUCUGGUUCCACGGACCUUUCAUGGGUCGGUGGAGAGAAAUUGAAAGUGUGCAACAAAGUCAAGGAGGGUUCAGGUCAACCCGUUGUCUCGGACAGCCUCGGCCAGACGCCGUCGUUAAGAACGGAGGACAGGCCAAGCAAAAGUGCAAGUUCCAGCGUCUGCCCCACACCGGCCGCUGCCGCAUCAAAAACCGCUGCCCCUCACCCAUCUCGCAGUCUAGAGAUGUUGACGCAGCGCCUGAGGAAAGACCUUGAGAAAAUGCGCAAGGAAAAAUCCCUACCGAGGUUUGCCAGUGGCGGGUGUCAGAAGACAUCGGAACCUAGAAUACAGAAACCUCUAGACCUUCCCAGUAUGGCAAAGAACACGGAUACCGGGGAUUGCACUCAAAAUGCUCGGAGUUUGGGGUUGCCAAUGGUAUGUGGAGAGAAGCAGUUGUCUAUGCAAACCAUCCCACAGCAGCCGGUGUACAACAGCGUCUUUAGAAACCAGAGCUGCGGGGGUCCGAAUGAGCACAUACCUAAAACCGAUCGGAAGAGCAUUGAAUUGGAGACGCCGCAGUCGAGGAAGUCCCCCGCACUUGCGGACAGCUUUACAAAAUGCAGGAGGGAGCCUCCGAAUCAGAGCUGCGGACCGGUGGUAGCCGAAUCUAAAACAAGUUCAAAGAAAGAAUAUUUUGAGCCCAAACUCAGCACCUUGAGCUUACCCGAUGUGUCUAGGGAGGACAGCCUACAAUCGCCGGACACGAGUUCGGAAAAGAAGUCACCGAGCACCUUGUUUCAAUCUCUCGUACCGCGGGACUCUGCGCACAAAGAAACGGCACUGCAGACCUGCCCCGAAAACCCCGCGCGUCCGACAAGCGCGCCUCUUCGAAUCUUUACUUCCCCUUUCCUCGGGCGAGACAAUCUUCAAAGGCGUUACUCCGAAGAAGGCUCCUCUGAAACACCGGUCACGAAAAAAUUUGAGCAGCAUCCCGUAACACCACAAGUCUCCGAAGACAAGCUCGAAAUCAAACCCAGGGAGAGGUGCAAGUCGGAGGGCCAGAGGAUCAGCUCCUCCAACGAGGUCUUCGGAUCGGAAGCGAGCAGGAGCGAGGAGACCGCCGCCAUUCCGAGCCCGAAGGCGAGCGAGCACAUGUACCGGACGACCGUUGCCGAGAUCGACCUCUUCACGACCCUGACUAUCAUCGACACCAUGAAGGGCAGGGCCACGGUGUACGACAUCAUCGACGACUACAUCACCAACUUGGGCGGCUUCUUCGGCGCCCUCGAAGCCUCCCCAGAGGCAGCGCGGCGUCCCAUCGAAGAGGCCUUCCGCUCGAAGCAGACAGUGCUUUUGAAGAUUGUCGGACUGCUCAAGAAGCUCACAAGCAGCCUGUCUUCAAGCCAGCUCACCAGGGUGUUCGCCUUGGAGAACCUCGUGGAACGGUUCCUGGUACGAACGGCCUUCAACGAGGACCGCGGAGCGGCCGCUGCCGCGUCGGAGCCGGGCGACUCUGGCGUCGAAGGCCCGGGCGCCGCCUGCGGUGGUACCGUGCUCCUGGCCCCACAGACAUCCUAUGGCGAAGACCUCGAGGAGCCGCCGCUCGUCUCGAUUCCGGAACUGGAGAUUCCCAUUGUGCCCAUCCUUCGGAGGGAAUUCAGCUUCUGCGCAAGCAGUCGGAAGAAGCGGGUCAAGAGGCUGCGGAAGUGUGACUGGAACAUGGCGGAACUCUUCCGGUUGGGGAGGAAGCCGACGGCGACGCUAGCUCUUCCGCGGGCGGCCAUCUGCAGGAGGUUCCUCGCGGGCUGGCGAACUCCGGCGCUGGUGGGAGGCAGUUUCAGUGCAAUUCAGCCUAGACCUUCCAUGUUUUGCAGUAUGCCCCCACCCCUUCCGGAUGUUUGCGGCCGGUCACAAGAGCUUACGGCACUCUGCCGAAGAUCGCUCCAACUUCCCCAGCUUUCUACAAUGAUGGACGCCCUCUCCUCCCUGUUGACUGGAUCCUACUUCUGUCUAGUCAACCACACACCCCCCACAAACGGACAGCACCGCGUGUCCCCGAUCCCCGUGACACUGCUACCCCCGGAGACUUUCUCAAAUGUGCUGUCCACCUUCCGUAGGCAGGACCUCCUAGCACCCAACCUGCAAGAGGCCCUCCUCCUGAUGCUUUCCCGGCUCCUCUGCGACCACCGGCGCCACGGGUCUGGAGCAUCCCGGCAACCGCAACAGUCGCCGGUUCCUUUCCAGAACCGAGCCCGCGACCCCCUCGCAGCACGGACCGGCGGUCCGGGUCUGAUCCUGGUUCACGCUGCCGCCGACAGCUCCCUAGUCAUCUCGUCCCCGCAGUCAAACAGCAAGCUGGUGAUCAGUCCCGAUCUCAACCAGCAGCUGCUGACAGGCCUUGUGAACAGGCUGAGCUCUCUACCAAAGACAAGUGCCCAGGUGCGGCACUGGCUGGACGACCUCGCCGUCGUGGCGUCCGGGGCCCGCCGGAUGCUCGCCGCAGCCUGCCACUCCGAAGCACCGGACCAAAGAAUUCGCGGGACGAGCGGGAGUAGAGGCGAGUUGAGGCCGGCAGCCGUAGACACGAUCGCCACGUCGCAGCGGUUUCUCCGGAAGAGGAGGGCGGUCGCGGACUGCAAGGCGUCCCCAACCCCGAAGCGGAGGAACACGCGGGUCGAAGACCCCGCCCUGAAGGACGACGGUGCGGGGUGUUCGUGGAGCAGCCGCGAGGCGGGAGCGAUGGCCGUCGCGGGAGCGUCUGAUUCGCCUCCGGCGCCGGCGGUUCCCAAGGACUGCGUCGUCCUGUUGCAGAGGUUGAACCCGAGCGACGUCGACGGGGUGACGUUGAAGCGGAGGCUGAGGUGUCGAGCAGCCAGAGGCCCUCCGAAGAAGAAACCAAAGUUGUCUGCAUUUCCGGCGCUGCCCGGAGCUUCGAGGUAGUGGCGGUGUGUCUGUCUGGACGUGUGUUUCCCCACUGCCUUCCCCUCCCUUUCCGGUUGCCCCCUGUGUUUCACGCUGUUCAAAAAAGCGCCUUUAUUGUAAAGAGAGUUGUUUCCUUUUCUUUUUGUCGACACCCGUUUCCUCCUUGCAAGCCUGUUCUUUGGAACCUUCUGUUUGUUAUCCCAGUGAAGAGGCAUUUUUUCACUCAGUAGCUUUGUUGGUUAGUAGUAGCUAAUUUAUAAGGAUCUGUUAUUUUCUCUCUGUUGUAAACUUGUACUAUAAUUAGCCCUGGCAUAUUUUUCUGUUUGUCUCGGACGGACUUUCCCUGUACAUAUUGUAUGAUAAAUAAAUUUUUGUAUAAUUUAAGCAGGAA